AUGAGCGACAUUAACCUACAUGAUGAUAUCCUCGUUGACAUAGUGCGCCGAGUUGGUAGGGAGAACUUCCUCUUCCUUGGACCAAUAAUGGAGUCUGGCCGACGAGGACUAACUGCUGUUCGAAACGAAGUCGUUCUGUACGAAACUAAUCUCUUGCAUUUCAUCGCAAACGGUGAUCAGGUCCGAGAGGGCGCACCAUAUCGUGGCUUAUUCGUCCGUUGUUUGGAGAGUGGAAAUGAAAUAGCUUAUCUGCUAGAAAGCCUACGGGUAGCGUACAACGAAGGCAAUGUUUUCAAAGCCAUCAACUUGGUCAGACGUGCAUAUAUGAGGUCACUGUUAACUGUGUUUAUCUUAGGCAUGUUGCUGAUAUGCGCAGGUAGUUUCACUAUAGGAGAUCAGAUACUUCGUGCUCUUCAUUGGUGGGAGGACGUUCACCAAUUUAACCUACUAGGGGCCAUGGUGUACGGUAUGAUAGAGAAAUUGGACCCUCCAAGGCGCAGCACUUUCACAGCAAUAUUCAGAUGUGACCAGACGGCUUGUGGCUGUGAAGGGGAAUGGUUUGGUAGCUGUAUGAGGUGUUGUGUACAAUAUAACGCGAUGGAGUUGAUGUCCCUCUCUUAG